AUGCAGGGCGUGUCUCAAGGGGAAGCGGAACUUCUCAUCCGCACCCUGCCCACAACAGGAGAGAAUUUUGAUCGUGCGUGGAAGGCUCUCAGAGACUACUACGAGAACAAGCAUCUGCUCGUGCGAUCGUACAUCGCGAGGUUCCUGGCUCUUCAACGCGUAAAGGGUGAAUCGAGCACAGAUUUGCGUACGCUUUAUCACGGCGUUUUGAACACCGUCGGCUCCCUCGAGAGCAUCGGUCGACCGAUAACAAGCGGCGAGGACUUGUUUGUUCACCUCGUUGUCGAUCUCAUGGACUCCCAGUCCCGCCGAGAAUGGGAGAACGCGAUAAGCGACACGACGGACCCGCCGGCGUACAAGGAGUUGAUCCAAUUCCUCGACCGACGGCUGCACACGGUCGAAUCGCUGCAGCCGUCCAAGCCGGAACCGAGUGCCGCAAAACCGGGCGCGACUUCCGGACGUUCUCCGCGAGUGCAUAAUGUGCGGAAACCGGAAAGCAAUCGCGGCCAAUGCUCUUUGUGUCACAAGGAUCAUUACAUAAUGUUUUGUGACGCGUACAAGGCCAAGACAGCAGCGGAGCGACGGCAGCACGUAGAGAGACAUCAGCUGUGCUUCAACUGUCUCGGGAAGCACAAGGUGAGUGACUGCUCGUCGAAAAAGACGUACUCGAUCUGCGAUGCGCGGCAUCACUCGACGCUACACGACGCGUGCAAACAAACCGAAGUAGCCAAAUCAUCACUUUCCGCGAAUCGAGCUUCGAAAGCAACGUCAGCUGUGCUUCUCGCGACGGCGCGCGUCCGCGUGGCCGACAAGUUCGGCGUCCUUCACACUGCACGAGCCCUCAUCGACCAAGGAUCCGAAGUGUCAAUCGUCGCUGAGUCAUUGGCCCAGCGAUUGCAAUUGUCCCGGACUCCUGCCUCGACAGACAUUGUCGGCGUUGGCGGUCAACUCACGGGCGCACGGGGCAGAGUCGAGCUCGCGCUCACGCCGCUGCACGACGGUCCGCCGCUGCGAGUUUCAGCACUCAUCUUACGCCAGCUGACGCUCUACACCGGUGGCAUUCGAGUGAGUCGCAACACGUGGCCACACAUUGACGGCAUCGAGCUCGCCGACCCGGACUUCUUCGCAGCCGACCCAGUUGAGCUUCUCCUUGGAGCGGACGUCUGCGCAGCCAUUCUGCAACCCGGCCUUCGACGUGGAGGGCGUCGGCAGCCAAUGGCCCAGAGGACAACUCUGGUUUGGAUUCUCUCGGGUUCCGUCGGCACUGCAGCCGCAACCCGGUCCGCCCAGACUCACCACUGCUGCCGCGACGGCGACCUUCACGGCUUGGUGCAGGAGUUUUGGCGACAGGAGGAGAUCGUGGUCAAGGCCAUUCCACCCACCACGGAAGAGCAGGAAGCCGAGGACCACUUCGUCCGGACACAUGCGCGGGACACCAGCGGCCGCUUUGUCGUGCGUCUGCCUCUCAGGGUGCCGCUCCCAGACCUCGCGGGAAGGAAGCGCACCGCAGCCCGCUUGCUCGGGCACAUGGAACACAGGUUCGCCCGAGACGAACAGCUGAAGCAACUGUACACGGACUUCAUGCGGGAGUAUGAAGUCCUGGGGCACAUGUCCCUCUUCCAGCCUGCCGGCGCUGCAGGACUGGCAGACUGCUACCUGCCUCACCGUGGCGUGAUGCGCAAGGGGAACUCAGCCAAAAUCCGAGUCGUCUUCAAUGGCUCAUCCACGGUUCCUUCAGGAGCCAGUCUCAACAGGCAUCUCAAGGUGGGACCCAACCUGCUGCCCGCCUUGGAGGACAUUUUGCUGCGGUGGCGAGUCCAUCGCUUCGUGCUGGCGAGCGACAUCGAGAAGAUGUAUCGCCAGAUUCUCGUUGCGCCGGAGGAUCGCCAUCUCCAGAGGAUUCUGUGGCGCUACGAGGACCAGACUGCUCCGCAAACCUACCAGCUCAAUACCGUAACAUACGGACUGGCCUGUGCUCCGUUCCUGGCGUUGCGCUCUUUGCGACAACUCGCCGAUGACGAGGAGGUCCACUUCCCCCAUGGCUCAGCGGCGCUGCGCCAGGAUGUCUACAUGGAUGACAUCCUCACGGGCGCACCCUCCAUCGAGGAAGCCAUGGACCUCCAGCGGCAGCUAACGGAGCUGUGCACGGCGGGCGGGUUUCCACUCAGGAAGUGGUCGGCCAAUGACCCCCGCCUACUAACGCGCAUUGCGCCGGAGCACCGGUCACACCGUGACCUAUUGUCAUGGACGCCGCAGGAGAGUCACGCCACUCUCGGUCUCCACUGGCAUCCGAGCGGAGACCACUUUUCUUUUUCCACCAGGUCCAUCAGGGUGCCAAUCAACACGAAGCGGUCCGUCCUCUCGCUGACGGCCCGCCUCUUCGAUCCACUGGGCUGGCUGGCUCCGACCAUCGUACGGGCCAAGAUCCGGUUUCAGUCCACGUGGCUGCAAGGCGUGGACUGGGACACUCCGUUGGACGAGGCUAGCGCGCAGCAGUGGAGCAGGUUCCAGGAAGACCUCCCUCGUCUGGAGGAAAUCCGAGCCCCGCGACGCGUGCCCAUCGACCAUGCAGACGCCCGAAUCGAGCUGCAUGGCUUUGCGGACGCAUCCGAGCGGGCCUACGCCGCCGUCAUCUACGCGAGGACGGAAACCCGCCACGAUGAAAGCACGAUUAUUCUCCUUUCAGCAAAGACCAGGGUAGCGCCGUUGAGGACGGUCACUACCCCGCUUGAGCUCUGCGCGGCCUCGUUACUCGCCCGGCUAGUGGUACACCUUCGCCAGACUCUCGGCACAGGAGACGCGCUCAUCCAUCUGUGGUCCGACUCGACGGUCGCAUUGGGCUGGAUCUGCGGCCACCCCUCACGCUGGAAAGUGUACGUCGCGAACCGCGUCGCCGAGAUUCAGGCGACCUUGUCGGGAGCAUACUGGCACCAUCUCCCGGGGACGGAGAACCCUGCUGACUGCGCAUCGCGGGGAAUCUCCCCGAGCGAACUAGUCGCUCAUCCCUCUGGUGAAGGUGUCCGCUCUGGCUUUCGGCCCAACGGGCCCUCCGAAAGCCAGAGCGGACCCUUCUGGUUCCUCCUGGAACCUGCUCCACUGCUGCGCGUUAGCCGUUCAACGGAGCUCUUCCUCUCGUGGCCGUCAUCACGAGAGGAAGAGCUCAUCGGGGACCUGCCGGAGGAGCGCGUCAGAGCGCACGCCGCCGUUGCGCCAUUACCGGAGGCGACCGAACCAGAGGAGCUGACACGGUUCUCCUCGCUCAAUCGUCUGUUAAGAGUGACGGGGUGGUGCCGACGAUGGAGGCGCGUGCAUGCGGUCAAGCACCCGUCGCUCAUCGCAGCGAGCCUGCCCUCGGCAAAGGGCACUCUGUCAGCCUCCGAAUGCGACGACGCUCGUAUAGCAUGGAUCCGGGUGGUGCAGGCUGCCGCGUACAAGGAGGAAUUGAGAGCGCUCGCGCGGGGAGCGUCCAUGCCGAACAAGAGCAAUCUCACUAAACUCACUCCAUUUACAGAUCCUCUAGGCAUCCUAAGGGUUGGCGGGCGGAUCAAGCACGCCCUCCUAUCGUAUGACGAGAGGCACCCGAUGAUCCUGCCCAGAUCAUCCCACUUCACGCAGCUCAUCAUCGAGGAGUAUCACCGGCGAACGAUGCACGGAGGCGUGCAGCUCACCCUCGGGUCCAUUAGACAAAGCUACUGGAUCCCCAGAGGACGUCAAUUGGUAAAGGCCACGAUCCAGCGGUGCGUCACCUGUGUCCGCUGGCGGGCGGCCACGCAACAGCAGCUUAUGGGGGACCUGCCACGGCUCCGCGUCACUCCUGCCAGGCCAUUUCUGCGCACCGGCGUGGACUACGCCGGCCCCAUCCAGCUGCGCACAACGAAGGGUCGCGGUCACCGCUCGUACAAGGCCUUUGUCGCGGUCUUUGUGUGCCUUAGCACAAAGGCAGUGCACCUCGAGGUCGUGUCGGACUAUUCGGCCGACGCCUUCCUGGCCGCCUUGAAGAGAUUUACCGCGCGGCGCGGGCUGUGUCGCAGCCUCCACAGCGACUGCGGUACCAACUUCGUCGGAGCAGACGCACAGCUCCGAGCCUUCUUCGCCGCGAGCAACCCAGCACAGCGCCAAAUCGCCGAUCAGCUGGCCACCGACCGCAUUCAUAGGGACUUCAACCCGCCCUCAGCACCUCACUUUGGCGGCCUGUGGGAAGCGGCGGUGAAGUCGCUCAAGCACCACCUCCGCAGGGUGCUAGGAGAAUCAUCACAACACCUACGAGGAGAUGUGCACCCUCUUUUCGACCGAGUAUAG